AUGUCUGCCAUCAAAGUCCAGGGUGUCAACGUCCAGGGUAUCAAGGUCCAGGGCUUGACCAUGCGCCCUACACCCCUUUCCGAUGAUCAGGCCUUCGGUGUUCUCGAUGCUGCCAUAGAUGCCGGCGCGAACUACUGGAACGGCGGCGACUUUUACGGGCCCCCUGACAACAAUUCUCUCGCACUCCUGAGCCGCUACUUUGAGAAGCGUCCCGAAGCCGCAGGCAAAGUCGUUUUGAACAUCAAGUCGGGCAUUGCCGUUCUUCCAGCCUUCACACCCACCGGCUCGCCCGAUGAAGUCGCCGCCAGCAUCAACAAGUGUCUGCAGCAGCUUGGUCCCAGGGGUACCAUUGAUGAGUUUGAGAUUGCCAGGGUCGACGCUAACGUCCCCUACGAGCACUCUCUCCGCCCCAUUGUCGACGCCGCAGCGAAGGGCCGUAUCGGUGGCGUCAGCGUGUCCGAAGUCUCAGCCAACACCAUCCGCAGAGCUGCCAAGGUGACCAAAAUCUCCAGCGUCGAGAUUGAGCUAUCGCUGUGGGAGACUGAUGCCCUGACCAACGGCAUCACCGAUGUCUGUGCCGAGCUUGACAUCCCAAUCGUCGCAUACUCUCCGCUUGGCCGGGGCCUCCUCACCGGUGCCAUCAGGUCUCCGGCCGGUAUCCCCGACGGCGACUUCCGAAAGGUCCUGCCCCGGUAUCAGCCCGGCAACUUUGAGGUCAACCUCAAGCUCGCCGACAAGGUCACUGAGUUUGCUGCUCGCAAGCGUUGUACCGCAGCUCAGGUUGCCAUCGCUUGGCUCUUGGCGAUCGCGCGUCGCCCGGGAAUGCCAACGAUCAUCCCCAUCCCUGGCUCUUCGUCGCCGGAGCGCGUGCGCGAGAACUGUGCAGCAGCUGCUGUCGAGCUGAGCGAGGCUGACAUAGCUGAAAUUGACGAUAUCCUGGCGCAGUUCCGGCCAGCAGAUGACAUCUUGAGCUUUCCUCGAGCCAACCUGCGUGCCAUAUGA